UCUGAACUUCUUCAGGAUAUUGAAGUAGGAGAAAGCAAUAUCUUGUCUUGGAAGCAGCACUUGGUUCGUUGUGCCAAUCAAGAUAGAUGUAGACAAGCUCUUCUAGGCAGUUUGAAGAAAGAAGAAGUUUUUAUUAUAAUGGACUGGGCGAUGAAAUUCCUGCCCUUGUCAUUUAGGGAAAAACAGUCUGACUGGUAUGCACAAAAAGGCAUAAAUUGGCAUGUGUGUGUGUGCAUUUUCAAAGAUGAUGAAUCAAAUUUGAAGCAUAGGACGUAUACCCAUAUCUUUGACCAGGUGAAGCAAGAUUGGUUUGCUGUUGUGUCUGUGUUGGAACACACAUUAAGAACAGUGAAGAAACAACUCCCCUGUAUUACAACAGCUUACCUCAGAAGUGAUAAUGCAGGUUGUUAUCAUUGUGGAAACACAUUGUUAUCCCUUGAUGGGAUUUCAGAAAGAACUGGAAUCACCAUAAAAAGAUAUGACUUUAGUGAGGCGCAGGAUGGUAAAUCCUAUUGUGAUGCCAAGAUUGCCCAUCUAAGAUGUAAGAUUCGUCAAUAUGUUUCUUCUGGGAAUAAUGUUAAAACAGCAGGCGAUAUGAAGAACGCCAUAGAUUCUUUGGGUGGUGUAAUGGGCUGUCAAUCUUCACACGUCCAGAUAAAUUCCCAAGUAGCUGGAGAAGCCAAUAAGAUCAAGAAUACAUGGAAAGGAAUAUCAAAGAUCUCAAAUAUAGAGUUACGAGAAAAGCAGAUCAUUGCAUUUAAAGCUUUUGGAGUUGGUUGUGGGAAUGUGAUGUCAGAAGAGCAAUUGAAAAAGAUCUGUCCUUCCCAACUGUCUGCAACAGAAAUCGUUGUCAUUUCUGACUUUGUUGUACCAAAAAAGGAAGCAGGCAGCAUUACUUACAAAGCCCAUGAUUUGGUUACUGAUACUAUUGCUGUGGAAUUACCUGUUGACAGCAACCACAAUGAGACCAUGCAACCAUUAUCGAAUAGUAUAUUCACAUGUAUAGAACCUUGUUGCUCAAGAGUGUUCCAGACUUACUCUGGUCUUGAGUCCCACAUACUACUGGGAAACCACCAAAUUAAGUUAAAUAGAAUUUCCACUUAUGACAACAUCAAAAUAAAAUGGAAAGAGUCCUGCUUGAACAUUGCAGAACAUGCUACAGUGUCCAGAGAUUCAAAACUGACUCCAGGUUCACCAUCUUCUGAUAUGGGUUGGGCAAUAAAGAAGGAUAGAAAAAGUCAGAGAUUCACAGAAAAUGUUAAAACAUACCUAAGAGCUAUUUUCAAUGCUGGUGAACAAAGUGGUAGGAAAUCAAAUGCAGACGAUGUCUCUAGAAACAUGCGUGUUUGUAGAGAUGAAAAUGGAAACAAAAUGUUUCAACCAGAAGAAUGCCUUCAACCAAGCCAAAUUGCUUCUUUUUUCUCUCGUCUGUCUGUUAUGACCAGAAAUACAAGACCACAACAAACACUUGACGAUGAAGAUUUGGAGCCAGCCCUUAAUUUGAUUGACGCUAUGGAGGCUAUGGAUGUUUUAAAUUCAUGAUUUGCAUAAAUAUGUACAUUUAUUUACAACUGAUAAUGCAUGAUAGUUAUUUACUAAACAACACAAGGAAAGCUCCAUAUUUCUCAAUCUAGU